AGACGAUAGUGAUUAGUCUCGAGCAUAGAUACCCAGCUGUUAGUCAAGAAACGGAGUUAACUGAUGGGUGUAUCACAAUCUCCAGAGAUAGACAGAAGUCAGCUGAGAGCUAGAGUUGAGGAUGUCGUUAUGGAGAAAACAACCUUGGAAGGAUGUCGUUAUGCACAUCAACUAGAAAUAGAAGGGAAGUUCAACCUGAAUGCCACCAUCAAAUCCUACCUACUACAGCUUUUCAAUACGUAUCUAACUUACCACACGGAGUUACCAUCGUCACUAUCGUCACCAAUCAUGUCUUCCACUACUUCCGGAACCCUUCGAGCGCGAAUCGAAGCUACAGCGAGGUCCUUCCUCGCCAGCUUUGAAGAUGGCGGGAACCAAAACGACAGCUCCCUCGUCAACCGCGACGUUACGGCAUCCUGCACCCGACAUUUUCUCCCAGCUUCCGUUGCGAAGGCCUUUGGCUUCCCGGUCGACUUCUCUUUCGACACGGCCACGUUUGAGCAAGCCUUCGCGAAAGAUAUCAAGGUCCUGAGCUUCAAGAGCAACGUCAUCUCAAAUUUGGUUAUCGACACCGAGACGCUCAGAGCUUCAUUUACUUCGUUUGCGGAAGUGGAGGUUAAGAAGACUGGAGAAUCAUAUUCUGUUGAGCAAGCUUGGGUCUUGUACUUGACCGAGGAUGGGCUGAAGGUUAGCAAGGUGAUUGAAUUUUGUGAUAAGGAUGCACUUUUGAAGAUGGCGAGUGCUUCCACCCAGCCGGAAUAGAUUGCGAUAUAUCUUGGAGAUUAGAUUUUAUAGAU